CAACUGCACCACGACUCAAAAAACCCAUCUGCAGUUGUAGCAGGGGAACUCUUUCCCCGUGCCACGGACGACAAUGACUAUCGACGCGGCGCUCCUCGCCAUCGUCGUCGCCUUCCUCCUCCCGCUACGCCUCGUCUCCCUCGGCCUCCGCCUGGCGUGCGGGCGCCACAGCACCAGCGCCAGACACCUCCGCCGUUCCUGUGCUGCUUUGGCCGUCGCGGCCGCGCUCCUCGCAGUAAUCUUCGCCCUCCCGCGUGACCAAGCCAGGGAGUGCGCCGCCCCGGUCGCCUCCGUCUCCAGUGGCGGGGAUGACUUCGGCGGUUUCCGCGAGGAGUUGCGGUCGGAGGUCGAGCAGCUUAAGCUGCAGCUGGCGCGGCUUGAAUCUCUUUGGGAUAGUAAAUCUAAAGUGGUGGAUGAGAAACUUGAUCCUUUAGAGGAGGAGAAUGAUCGUGUAGUGAGAGCAAUGGAACUUGAUAUCCAGUCUCUGAUCAAUGAGCAGGAAAAUAUCAAGAUUCAGGAAUCAUUAUGCAGCUCAUAUUUUGGUGAUAGUAUCAAGGCAAUAGAAAAUGAGGUGCCUCCCACACUCAGAAAAAUGUUGGAUGUAUUUGCUCAUGUUCCUACUAAAAUAGGACUACUGGUUCAAAUUCUAAAAGAUGGAUCAAGAAAGAUGAACUCGGAUAUAUGGACUGUAUCAAAGGACACAACAGAAAAGGUCGAAGGUCUGCAUUCAGCUAUCAAGAAGGUUCAAGUUAUAGCUGAUGAAUGGGUCAAGAUGAACUCUACUAUUAACAGAAUAUGGUCAUUCACCAAGGAGACAGAGAAAAGGGUGGAAGGUCUAUAUUCAGAUUUAAAGAAGGGCUUCAAGCAGACGAAGAGAAAAGUGCCAUUCUGGAGAGAUUGAUGAUGCUGUGGACGGGCCUGAUGUUUGAUCACUUGUCAUUGAUGCUCCGCUUGGAAUUGUCACACAAGCUGUUAGCAACUUAAUCCGCUUGUGUCCGUGUUUAUAUAUCUUAGUUCACGUCCUUAUUACUUGUCAGACGUCAGUGCAAGGUUGUGGUUGUUGAUACCUUGUGCGACCCAACUUGCCAACUUCUUUGGUCCCGUCAUGGUCGCAUAAUGGGUAAUGUGCUUUUAACACUGGCGGACGUCCGUCGAAAUAUGAAUUGUUAUUUUUAGCUAUAUAUAUGAAAUACACAGUAGAUCUCCGAGAUA